AGUUGAAAGUGGUCGCUUGUGCCUCAAUGACAGGUAUACCCCUUGCCAAUGUCCUCACCUCAUACGGACCGGAUAAUGGUUUGGCAGAAACGGCACCUCUGUGGCUGCAAUGCGCGCCCAAACCAGUCAAUCCCAUUGUGCGCAUGCUGCCCGUGAUUUUUUUCUGGACGUUGGUCAUUGGCUUUCUGUUUUGCCUGGUGGUGUGGGCGAACCAUAAAGCGGCGGUUGAGCGAGAAAUCAGAAUACACGAUACUAUCAG